AUGUUGUUCCGGGAAACUAAAAUCAAAAUGAUCAAUACAAGUUCUACAGCAUCACCCAUUAUUUCUACCACAACACAUUCAACUCCUCCAACUAGCACUACGACACCUACAGCUAGCACUACUCCUACCACUACCACUACUACUACUACUGCUAGCAGUACUACUUCUACUACUCCAACUAGGACUACUGCAACAACGCCAGAAGUUAUAACUCCUGGAAUCUGCAGCGCUUCAGGUGAUCCUCACUACAACACAUUUGAUCGCAGAGUACACCAUUACAUGGGCAACUGCAGUUACACUCUCACUAAGCCAUGUGAUGCUUUGUCCAGUGGAUUACCCUACUUCCAUGUUUAUGCCACAAAUGAACAUCGGGGCUCUAACACCAAAGUCUCAUAUAUCCAGUCUGUGCAUGUUGAAGUGUACAACACUAACUUCACACUGCUAAAGAAUAAAAAACUAAAUGUGAACGGGAAGAGAACAAAUCUGCCAACCCCUCCUGAUAACAGAUUUAAGGUCCAUUUGAGUGGCAAUUAUUUGAUUUUGGCAACAGAUUUUGGUCUACAAGUGAGAUUUGAUGGUAACCAUUAUGUUGACGUUUUCCUUCCAUCAAUCUUCAAAAACCAUUUAUGUGGAUUGUGUGGUAAUUACAACGGGGCAUCAUCAGAUGAUGUAGUGAAGCCAGAUGGCAGCAAUGCCACUGAUUCCAAGGAUUUAGGAGACAGCUGGAUAGUUCUACAAGAUGGUGAAUUGUGUGGAAGUGAAAACCUGGAAGCUUGUAGUUCAAAUGAUGAACAGGAGUACAGCAAGAAUACAGCCUGUGGCAUUAUAACUGAUACAUCAGGUAUCUUCAAGGACUGUCAUGCUCUGGUAGAUCCUGGUAACUUCUUUGAAAACUGUGUGCUGGAUAUGUGCUUCACUCGGGGCGAGUCAACUUCCCUCUGCUAUGCUGUGCAGUCAUAUGCCCAGCAGUGCUCAAAUGCCGGCGUGUGUGUAGAAUGGAGAUCAGACACUUUCUGCCCUAUUUCAUGUCCAGCAAGAAGCUAUUAUAGCAGUUGUGGUACUACAUGUCCAUCCACUUGCUUCAACUCUCCUGCAGUAGCACCAUGCAAGUCUGAGUCAGUAGAAGGCUGUUUCUGUAAUGACAGCUUUGUCCUCAGUGGAGACAAAUGUGUCCCUCAGAGUGAAUGUGGCUGCACUGAUGAGAAUAACAACUCUUACCAGCUUGGUGAAAGUUGGUUCACCCAUGAAAACUGCACCCAGCGCUGUACAUGUAAUAACAAUAACUCCAUCACAUGUGAACAAUGGCAAUGUGGAACACGAGAGCAAUGCAAGUUUGAGGAUGGAGUACUGGGCUGUCAUUCCUCUGGUUUGUAA